UCGGCCUGCCAAACCUCUCUCUCUUGCUUCCAAUGGAUGUGGUGUUGAACUUUCCUCUGUCUGCAGAAUUGAAAUUUGAUUUAACCUUGUUGCUAUCUCAAUCUCAAUCCAUCUAAAUCAUCAUUUAGUUUCUUUUCCAUAAUUCAUUUCUUAUCAUUGCAUUCUUCUCCUUAAUCUCCCUUUUUUUAAUGAGACAUAAGUUUUUGAAAACCAUUAUUAUGCCUCUAGAAUUUUAUUUCCAUUUUCUGAAAAAAUAAAUAGUUAUGUAGCUUAGGAAAAUUCAAUCAUAUAUAUUGUUGAAAUGGAUCAAGUUCAAGGUGGUGGUAAUGAGUAUCCAGUUUUCUUACAUGGUGACUUAGAUCUAUUUAUCAUAGAAGCAAAAUCUCUUCCAAAUCUAGAUUUAUCAACUGAAGCAAUUAGAAAAUGUCUAACUAUGGGAAAUAGUUGCACACCACCUUUUGUAAAAGGACUCAAAACCCACUCAGGAAAAGACAAGAUCAUAACAAGUGACCCUUAUGUAUCUAUUUGUCUAGCUGGUGCAACCAUAGCACAAACAAGAGUCAUUCCGAAUUGCGAAAACCCUUUAUGGGAUGAACAUUUUCUUGUUCCUGUUGCUCAUCCUGCUCACAAAAUUGAAUUUCUAGUAAAAGAUAAUGAUAUUCUUGGUGCUGAACUCAUUGGAGUUGUGGAAAUACCUGUUCAAAAGAUACUCUCUGGAAACAUUCUUAAUGAUUGGUUUCCAAUUAUUGGUCAAUAUGGAAACUGCUUGAAACCUUAUCCUGAACUGCAUAUUUCAAUUCAGUAUAUGUCUAUUGAUGUUAAUGAAGAUAAUGGAAGUGUUAAUUAUGGCGUUCCUGGUACAUAUUUUCCUCUUAGAAGAGGAGGGAAUGUCACUCUUUAUCAAGAUGCACAUGUACCGGAUGGUAUGCUACCUGAGAUCGAACUCGAAGGUGGAAAAAUGUUUCAACAUAGUAAAUGUUGGGAGGAUAUUUGUCAUGCAAUUUUGGAAGCUCAUCAUAUGAUAUAUAUUAUUGGAUGGUCGAUUUUUCACCCUGUGAAGCUUGUUCGAGAGCCAACAAAACCAUUGCCGUCUGGUGGAGAGCUUUCACUUGGAGAACUUUUGAAAUAUAAGUCACAAGAAGGGUUAAGAGUUGUUAUGUUGAUUUGGGAUGACAGGACUUCACAUGACAAGUUUCUUUUGAAAACAGAAGGUGUGAUGCAGACUCAUGAUGAAGAAACUAAAAAGUUUUUUAAACAUUCAACAGUUCAUUGUAUAUUAUCUCCGCGUUAUGCAAGCAAUAAACUCAGUAUUUUCAAGCAACAGGCAUUACCAAUUCUGUUGAAUCUUUUGGACCAGGUUGUGGGAACACUCUUUACGCAUCACCAGAAAUGUGUGCUUGUAGACACACAAGGUUCUGGGAAUAAUCGGAAAAUAACCGCUUUUAUUGGUGGUCUUGACCUGUGUGAUGGCAGAUAUGAUACUCCUGAGCAUAGGCUUUUUAGUGAUCUUGAUACAGUCUUUCAAAAUGAUUUCCAUAAUCCUACAUUUCAAUUAAAUUCUAACUCUUCUGCACCAAGGCAACCAUGGCAUGACUUACAUUGCAAAAUUGAAGGUCCGGCUGCAUAUGAUAUAUUGACCAACUUUGAACAAAGAUCAAGGAAGGCCAAAAAAUGGCGCGACUUCAGGCUCAGAAAAGUAACAAACUGGCAUGAUGAUGCUUUGCUAAGGCUAGAUCGUAUUUCAUGGAUUGUCAAGCCAUCUUCUGGUCCUGAUGGUGAUAAAUCUGUUCGUGUAACCGAAGAAACUGAUCCUGAGAAUUGGCAUGUGCAGGUAUUUCGGUCCAUAGAUUCAGGAUCUGUGAAGGGAUUUCCAAAGGAUGUUGACAAAGCAAAGGCUCAGAAUCUUUUAUGUGGAAAAAACUUAAAAGUUGACCAAAGCAUCCAUGCUGCUUAUGUAAAAGCAAUAAGAUCGGCUCAGCGCUUCGUUUAUAUUGAGAAUCAGUAUUUUCUAGGCUCCUCAUAUCAUUGGCCUACGUAUAGAAAUGCAGGUGCAAAUCACUUGAUUCCAAUGGAGUUGGCAUUAAAAAUUGCAAGCAAGAUAAUCGCACAUGAACGAUUUUCUGUGUAUAUAGUCAUACCAAUGUGGCCAGAAGGAGUUCCAACUAGUGCUGCUGUUCAAGAAAUCUUGUUCUGGCAGGGACAAACAAUGUCUAUGAUGUAUAAGAUUGUUGCAGAUGCACUUGCAAAAGCAGGUCUCUCUGAAUGUUAUCAUCCACAAGAUUAUCUCAAUUUUUACUGCCUUGGAAAGAGAGAACCUCAUUCGCGUGAAAGUCUAUCAACACAAAGUCAAUCAUCUGAAAAUCGCGCCUUGUUCAGGCGUUUUAUGAUUUAUGUUCAUGCUAAAGGAAUGAUAGUUGAUGAUGGAUAUGUAAUAAUUGGAUCAGCAAAUAUUAAUCAGAGAUCAAUGGAUGGAUCAAGGGACACAGAAAUAGCCAUGGGGGCUUAUCAACCAAAACAUACAUUGGCAGAAAAGAACUCUCUUCCACGUGGCCAGGUGUAUGGAUACCGAAUGUCACUUUGGGCUGAGCAUCUUGGCGGUAUUGAUGGCAGUUUUACUGAACCUCACACCUUGGAAUGUGUUAGACGUGUGAAUAGAAUUGCUAGAAAAAAUUGGAGCAUAUAUGUGUCUGAGGAAAGUCUUCAAAUGAAGGGAAACUUAAUGCAUUAUCCAGUUCAUGUGAGCAGAAAUGGAAAAGUCAGUACACAAGAGGGUCAAGAGUAUUUUCCUGAUGUUGGUGGCAAAAUUCUUGGAUCACAAAAUUCACUUCCGGAUGCACUAACUACGUGAUUAACCAAUUUAUAGCACUCUUUAAAUUAUCUUUAGAUACAUAGUAACAUUCAUGAUGCAGAUAAAUUAUUCUC